CCAACAAAAUGUUGGAUGGCGUGGGGCGUGUUCGCGUUCAGUAGAGACGGCCGCGCGCGGCUAGCGGGGGUGCUCCGCGCGUUGCUCAUCGCCCAGCUCGUGGUCUCCUUGUGCAUGGUCAUCUUCUGCUACAACACCAGUCUCCGGGUCAUGCUGCUGCUCAAGCAUAUACAUAAGGUAACAGUCCUCCUCCUCUACGGUCUGAUCCUGUUCCAAGCUUACGGCAUGAAGCUACAUUACACAGGGGGGUUGCGCCUCAUUGCCGUGCUGCUGAAGUGUCCUCACUGGAAGAGAGCCACGCUCGUCAGUAGCGUGUGGAUGCUCAGUGGGUCGCUGGUGGCUGCUAAUGGCAUGCUCGUGUAUGCUGCUUGUAGGGGGACUUUGAAGGCUCUGAUGAAGGAGCUGUCUUCGUCACUACGUAUCGGAAUAUCACAGUACUUGACGGAACCCACGUGGAAAGCGCUCUUGGAUACCAUGCAGGUGGAGUUAAGUUGUUGCGGGGCAGACAAGCCCACAGAUUGGCAUGACAUACCGUGGAUCAACAUGGACUUUCUAAACGAGGGCUCAGAAUUAGUUAUGAAGCUGGCGGGGGCUGAUGGGAAGGUUCUGCCUCCCGUGUCUCCGUACUCUUGUUGCACGCCGAGGGUCCUGGCACCGUGUUACCACGACCCCUUACAGCAGUGGCGCGAGGUGUGGUCGGAGAGCUCGCCGCUGCUGUCGGCGUCGCUGCACACGCGCGGCUGCGUGGAGGCGGUGCGGGCGCCGCUCACGCGCGCGCUGCUCGCGCUGCAGUGCUUCAACAUGCUCGUCUUCCUCUUCCAAAUUCUGAUAGUGGUGCUGACGCAGCUGCUGCGCACGAGUGCGCGGGCGGCGGUGCUGCGCGGCGACUGCAGCGGCGUGGGGCCCGCCGUGCUGCUCGGCUCGCUGCCCGUGCAGAUGUCCGGACCGGUAAGGAGCUUAUGCUACCUAGUUUGUAAAUACCCCUCUCUAGCAAGAAGAAAUUCUGUAUCUAAGAAACUGCACGACUAG